AUGAAAGAAGCUAAACCACAAUACAUACAUGGAAAGGUAGUGGUACUGGACACAAGGCAAGAAUUUGAUUUCACAGCCAUUUAUGGGCUGCAUACAGUGGAGGCAAGGAAAAGUCUAUGGAGGGACUUAACAAGUUGGAAUCAAUAUCAGAGAAAACCAUGGAUAUGUAUGGGAGAUUACAAUGCAAUAACGGCAGUGGAGGACAGAAUUAAUGGAAGCACAGUCCAAGAGAAUGAAAUAAGAGAUUUCAAAGAAUUCCUAAUUGAUACAAGAAUGUGUGAAAUGAGAACUGUGGGUAGGGACUACACAUGGACUAAUUCACAUGUGUUUAGCAGAAUAGAUAGGCCAAUCAUAAAUGCAGAAUGGAUAAAUACCAUGCCACAUGUAGAUGCAGUGAUUAUGGAUCCUCUAUUCUCAGAUCACUCCCCAUUAUGUGUCAAGAUUGGAGAUGAACAAAAGACCCCAAAGCCUUUUAGAUUCUUCAACUGUCUAGCUGAGCAUAAGGAUUUCUUAGAUGUAGUGGGGGAAGCAUGGAAUAAAGCACCAAAAACAGGCAAAAUGGCAGAAGUCUGGAGAAAGUUGAAGGAAGUUAGACAUGCAUUAAAGAGGCUGAACACAAAAGAAUUUAAGCAGUGGAUUUGA